UCCCGAAAAUUGCUCGAAGUGCAGUGAAUUUUUGCUACGAAAAAUAUUCAGUGUCAAGUGUUGUAGAAGAAUUAUUAAAUAUAAAAUAUAAACGCAACAAUUAAAAGGAUAUUUGUGUAAUUUUGUAUGUGUGUGUGUUAUAAAAAAACAUUUUUUUUCCAAAAUACUGGCCGGAUUCUGAUACGAGUUUUGUGCAUUAUUUUACAAGUCGUCUGACGCCGUUUGUGGAAUACACAUAAAGCAAAAUUAAUAAAGCAGUGUCAACAGCGAGAAGUCAAGAAAACAAAAAGGAAAGGAGUUGUAAAUGCUGUAGAAAAAAACAACAAAAAAAAAACAAAAGGUAAAUUGAAACACGGUUAAAUAUUUGCCGACUUUCUUCAAGACGAUAUAUUGCUUAUAAAGCUUUCGAUUUAGCCAUUUGAAUAGCAAUUUAUGCUACUGCCACAAUUCUCGUUGGACUUUUAGGCGUAUUUUUUGAUUUUUGAAGCAUUUCACUGCGCGCUGCUCACGGUCGUACGUACAGGCGGACGGACGUAGCAACACAGCGUCGUCAUCUUCGCUGCUUGUGUUUCUGUGUGUUGGUGUGUAUUGACGCGCUUAACCGCAGCAGAGCUACUCAAUACACAACAACAACACAGCGUUGUAGAUUUUCACACAACAUUUAUUCUGCUCUACCAGCCAGCGGAGUCAGUCGUUAGUCGCAUCGUGCAUUGAGCGUGUCGAGGGCAAUAAAAGUGGCGUUGUCAGCAGCAAUAACAACAAAAAGAGUAUACACAAUAUUAUUACAGCAAGUACAUUAAAAGUGUGUAAUAAAAGCGCGAAAAAAAGUGGCGUGAAGUGCAGCAAUUAAAUAAAGAAAAGUAAAAUAAAAGCAAAAAGUUUAUUAAAAAUAAGCCAGUAACUUGUAAAAAACGGAAAUCUCAAUAAAUAGCAACGCGCGCACACACACCACCCUCUCUCUCACUCACUCUCUUUCACACACCGCCGCUAUUAAGGCAGCUCCAGUUAAGGCGCCAGCAGCAGUACAUGUGUGUGUGAGUGCUGCAAGUGCAAAUUUGCGCUAGUGUGUGUAUUUGAAAAGCAAGCGAAUUUAAGUGUAGCGCAAGAAAAAAGAAAAGAAAAAUAAGAAAAACAUAGUAAAUCAUAGCAAAAUUACAACCGCAAAUACCGCAGCAUACAAGAAGGUAAUCAACAAUAACAGCAAUAACAACAGUAACAACAACAACAACAAAUAUGGAAGACAAUAACACAAGUACGCCAAUGAAAACCGACGAAUCAGUCACAUUAACAAUAAGGCUGAUAAUGCAAGGCAAGGAAGUCGGCAGCAUUAUUGGCAAAAAGGGCGAGAUUGUGAACAGAUUUCGUGAGGAGUCUGGCGCAAAGAUCAACAUCUCGGACGGUUCAUGCCCGGAACGCAUUGUCACUGUGUCUGGCACGACCAGUGCGAUCUUCUCGGCAUUCACGCUCAUCACAAAGAAGUUUGAAGAGUGGUGCUCACAGUUCAGUGAUGUUGGCAAGGUUGGCAAAACUCAAAUACCAAUACGUUUAAUUGUGCCCGCCAGUCAAUGUGGAUCGUUAAUUGGCAAAAGUGGCUCAAAAAUCAAGGAGAUACGUCAAUCCACUGGCUGUUCGAUUCAGGUUGCCAGCGAAAUGUUGCCAAAUUCAACAGAGCGUGCCGUUACUUUGAGCGGCACUGCCGAGCAAAUAACCCAAUGUAUCUAUCAGAUUUGUCUCGUUAUGCUGGAGUCACCACCAAGGGGCGCCACCAUACCGUAUCGACCAAAACCGCAAGUAUCUGGACCAGUCAUUUUGGCAAACGGACAAGCCUAUACCAUACAAGGCAACUAUGCUGUACCCGCACAAGAGACAUGUCCAGUAUUUCCGUUGGCCUUGGCCACCGGUGGCCUACACGCUGGCAUCUCAGGUUUGACAGAUCCUCUCUUGAAGGGGGCACAUUUGCAAGGAGCGGUGCCGGCUGCCCAUCAUCAUCUACAGCAUAUACCCGAUGUGGCAAAGAAUCCAUUGGCCAGCUUGGCAGCGUUGGGUUUGGCUGGCAUAACACCCACCAACACCGGUGGACUGAAUCCCACAGCAGCUUUGGCCGCCUUAGCUGGUUCUCAACUGCGUACAGCCAAUACAAGUCGUACACAACAACAACAACAUGAAAUGACCGUCUCCAAUGACUUGAUCGGCUGCAUUAUCGGCAAGGGUGGCACGAAAAUUGCCGAAAUACGUCAAAUUAGCGGUGCAAUGAUACGCAUUUCGAAUUGUGAGGAACGCGAGGGUGGCAAUACCGAUCGUACGAUCACGAUUAGCGGCAAUCCAGAUUCGGUGGCAUUGGCUCAAUACUUAAUCAACAUGAGCGUUGAACUGCAGAAGGCUAAUCUACAGGAGGCGAACAAUGGCGCCGCCGCCAAUGGACAAGCCAACAAUGGUAGCAACAGCGGCAACAACAACAGCGCCAAUGUCACUAAUGGCGCCAGCAAUGGCAAUGCCAAUACGAACAGCAACAAUGGUAAUCACAUAAGCGGCGCAAACGCAUUGGGUGGCAACAAUGCCGGGAGUGGCGGUGGCGGCAGCAGCAAUGGCAGCUUGAGUCAGAGCGGUGGCAGUAAUCACAGCAGCAAUAAUAGUUUAAACAAUUUAAAUACCAACUCGAGCAAUGCGAACAACAGCAAUACCAACAACAACAACAGUACACAACACUCAACCACAGCCAUGACAAUCACCAAUAACAGCAGCAACAGCAAUAGCAACAACAGCAACAAUACGAGCGGCAACAAUUUAACCUUAAGCACAACUUCCAACAAUCCAACCAAUCCAUUUUCCACUUCAUUGCCAUUUUCGAAUACACCAAAUCCAUUUGCCAACUCCACCACAGUCAGUUCGCUAGCCACAGCUAUACCGUUAGCCCAGUUGCUAGCCAAACCGGGCGCUUUGAAUGCGCUCUCCAGCCUAACGGCGCUCGGCGGUCUCACCGAUCUGUUGGGCGGUUUGGCCACACUCAAUGGCCCGCCCAUACAGACGACCGGUGUGCAUCGCACCAAAAGCUUUGCAUCGACACGUUUUCGCAGUCACAAUCAUGCGGAUGGCGGUGCCGAGAGCGAAAAGACGCGCAAUAAAUUCAAUCCAUAUUAGAGUAGUUGAGAGGGGAUGUAUGAAAAGUAGGCGUGAAAGUUUCGUGGUAGUAGUAUGUAGACGAAGUUUUAAGAUUGUAGUGAAAGCGUGUAAGCUUUUAGAAAAUAUAAACACGUGAAAGCUUUCGAAAUAGAAAAGUGUAAUUUAAAAGCUUCAUCAUGUUCAAGUGAAAGCUUUCAAAUCAUCAUGUUUAAGUGAAAGUUUUAAAAUUAUGUUUCAAUGAAAGCUUUUAAGUCAAAUCAUGUACAAAUAAAAGCUUUCAAAUCAUGUGUAAAUGAAAGCUUACAAAUCAUGUUUAAAUGAAAGCUUUCAAAUAUUGUGCAAUGACAGCUUUCAAAUCAUGUUUAAGUGAAAGCUUUCAAAUCAUGUGUAAAUGAAAGCUUUUAACUCAAAUCAUGUCUUAAUAAAAGCUUUCAAAUCAAGUUUAAGUGAAAGCUUUCAAAUAUUGUAUAAAAAAAAGCUUACAAAUCAUGUUUAAGAGCAAUCUUUUGAAUUAUAAAAACAUUGAAAGCUUUCAAAUCAUGUAAAAGUGAAAGCUUUUAAAUUAUAAAAAUGUGAAAGCUUUUGAAGUACAAUAAGUUAGCAUUCGUUAUGCAGAGAAGGUAUUGUAGGGUUUACAACACAUAAAAAAGCUUAAUAAAAAAUUGUUUGUAGCUUCGAAAGUAAGCCUGUAGCGCAUGCGCCAAAGCUCGCAUAUAAAUUUGAGGUUUGAAUCGAAGUGAACGCGUAUUUUUUUCUCAUUGUUUGGUAGUUGACGUCAAAGUAGUAUUAGUAGUUGUACGGUAUGCUUUUGUGUGCCACGUAAUUGGUUUACAUAAAUUUUUGGCAAGUUGAGCACACGCUUGCAUUUUAUUAUUAUUAUUUUUUACUUGAUUUUUUUUUCGGGUAAUAGCAAACACUAGGCAUUAGAGAUACAAAAUACAAAUGUACGUACUAAUUGAUAUUUACAUAAAUUUACAAAUUGUGUGAUAGAAAUCGAAGAAACCCACAAUCAGCAGACACACGUAGAUUGGAAUUUAUUAAUUAAAUUAAAAUUAAUCGAAUUAAAUUAAAAAUUAAAAAAUGCAAAAUUUUGCAUCAAAUUAAGCAAAUUAGUUUUUUAGUUAUAUUUUUGCCAGCUUGUAAUUAUGGCUUUAACAGUUUUUCAUAAAACGCCUCUUCUUAGUUUAACAUCAUCAUGUACUCACUCAUACACUCAUGCCACCCACCACAUGCCUACUAUUGCCACACAGUUUUUGUUUUUCAUAGAAAUUGGAAAAACUAAUUUCAAUUUUUAAAAAUUAAUUUUUUCGAUUUUCAAAAUUAGUUUUGUGUUCAUAUUUAAAUUUUUCAAAUAAUUCGAAAUUGAUAAUAAGAAAAUUUAAUAAUUUUUCAAAUUCCCUAAAUUUAUUCAUAAAUACGAAAUUCGAAAUUGACAAAACAAAAUUAAAUUAUUUUUGAAAUUCGACAAAUUGGUUCAAUAAUUCGAAAUUGAAAAUUUUAAAUACAAAAAAUAAUUAUUUUCUAAAUUGAAUAAAUUGGUUCAAUAAUUCGAAAUUGAUACAAAAAAUUAAAUUAUUUUCGAAAUUCAACACAAUUUAUCCAAUAAUACGAAAUUCGAAAUUGACAAUAAAAAUUAAAUUAUUUCCAAUAAUACGAAAUUGAAAAAAAGUGAAAUCAUUUUCGAAAUUCAAUAAAUUGGUUCAAUAAUUCGAAAUUCGAAAUGGAUAAUAAAAAAUUUAAAUAUUUUUUAAAUUGAAAAAUAAUAAGCAUUUUCAAAAUUCAACAAAUUGAUCCAAAAAUACGAAAUUCAAAAUUGAAAAAAAAAAAUAAAUCAUUUUCAUAAUUCAACAAAUUGAUCCAAAAUACGAAAUUCGAAAUUGAAAAAAAAUUAAAUCAUUUUCAAAAUUCAACAAAUUGAUCCAAAAAUACAAAAUUCGAAAUUUAAAAAAAUUAAAUCAUUUUCUAAAUUCAACAAAUUGAUACAAAAAUACGAAAUUCGAAAUUGAAAAAAAAAAUUAAAUUAAAUUCGAAAUUGAACAAAUUGAUUAAUAAUUCGAAAUUUAUAAUAACAAAUUUAUUUAUUUUCGAAAUUCAACAAACAGAUCCAAAAAUACGAAAUUCGAAAAAAAAAUAAUUAUUUUCGAAAUUAAAUAAAUUGCUGCAAUAAUUCGAAGUUCGAAUUUGAAAAUAAAAAUUUAACUAUUCAACAAAUUGAUUCAAAAAUUCGGAAUUGAAAAUUGUAAAUUAAAAAAAAUAUUUUUUUCGAACUUGAAAAUGAAAUAAUUUUCGAAAUUCUACAAAUUGGCAAUCACUCAUGCAAGAACUGCAGCUAUUUUUACAAUAUAUUGUACAAUAAUAAACAUAAUUUUUAUCACCUUAAAUCAACCAUCAUCGCAUAUAUACAUAUACAUACAUACAUACAUACACAUAAUUGCAUACUCAUAAUGUUUUGAUAAUUUUUUAAGUUAAGAAGAAAAAAAAUAGUUUUUAAGUGCAAAGGAGAUAUGUUAUCAUUGUAGAUUUUUAAGCAAAAUAAUGAAAAAACUAGUUUGUUAGCGCUAAAUAACAGCAUUAAAGCGAAAAACCAUCAACAAAAAAUAUAUUGUUUCUAUUGCAAUUUCGAAAUAUGUUUUUUAAAAAAUUUAUUAAUUUUGAAAAAUUUGCAAGCUUGUUUAAACUUAUUUUUUUUCUAUUAAGUUAUUGGCAAAAUUGCUUUUAUUAUUAUGUUUUAGAAAUAUUAUUGAGCGUUUGUAGUGAAAAAAUAUUGGGCAACAUGACAGUUAGUACAUAAAAAGUAGCACAUACAAUUUUCGAAAAUCCAUUUUUACUUUUAAAUAUAAAUAUAAAUGCAAUUGUUGUAUUAUUACGCAAAAUUAUUGUUUUUCUUGCAAAUUAUAUAGAAAAUAGUUUCAUUAAUUGUAGUUGUAGGUAAGAAACAGGUUUCGAGAACCCGUAGUAACUAAAGCAUUAAUUUAUAAAAAAAAAAAAUUAUUAAAAUUAACUACAUUUACUAAAAAUUGAAAAUCAAUCAGCGUACAUACACACAUAUGCAAGUCGUAUACGAAUUCAAAACGCAGCUGUUAGAUUUUUUAGAAUUUUACAUAAUGCUGAAUGAAUAUGUAUAGUUUUUAAUUGGAAAAGACCAUUUAUGAAAAAUUGUGAUGAAGAAAAAAUUGAACUCAAAUUAUAUAACGAAUGAAUAUAAGUAAAAAUUAUAAAAAAAAAUAUGUGGGUAUUGAGAGUUUAGAGUAUAUAAUAUAUUAAAUAAUAUGAAAUUGGAAUGCAAAAAAAUAUAAUAAAAAUUGUUUGUAAAAAAAUAAAUAUGAUUUUAAAAACAAAAAUUUUCUUUUUCGUACAUUCUUUGAAAAUCAACAAUGAAAAAAUUAUAUUUGAACUCAAAAUGGUAGACGACUUAGCUUGAAUUUUCCAGACCUGCCGUUACCAACUAAACUCGACUGACUCCGUUUUUCGCACAAUAAAAUUAAAAUUACAAUAAAUCAAAUGCAAAUUUCGAAAUUUAUAAUCGGCAGAAAAUACUCAAGAAUUCACCGAAAAAUCUGCGAUCUCCUUAAAGCAGCAAACACUAUUCGAAAACUUCGAAAAAAAAUUCGAAGUUUUAGUUUUCGAAUUUCGAAAAAUAUAGUAUAGUCGAAAUUACCGAAAAGUUGAUUAUGGGGGAAAGUUAGUUUUACUGUAAAGAAAUUAACCUACAACAACUCCCAAGAAAUCUUUUUGCACAUCUUCGAAACGAUCAUAUUCGAAUUAGUUUUCGAAAUUCGAAAAAUAUAGUAAAGUCGAAAUUACUGAAAGUUGAUUAUGGGAAAGUAUAUUUACAGUUUCAUUUAUUUGAACCUACAACAACUCCCUAGAAAUCUUGUUGAACAUCUUCGAAACGAUUAUAUGCGAAUUAGUUUUCGAAAUUCGAAAAAUUUAAUAAAGUCGAAAUUAAGUCUCGUAUAAGAAAGGUCUCUUCAACGUAAAAUAUCAUCUACAUCAAUUCAUAAAAAAUAGUUUUGAGCAUCUUCGAAACGAUUAUAAUGGAAAUUAUUUUCGUUAAAUUAUAACAAAUCACUUAUCUAACUAAAAAUCAUGGAUAAUAACACACAAUUAAUAAAAUUAUGCUAAACAGCAAAUCAAAAUUGAAAAAUAAACCUACUUUGCUCUCAUUGCCCACAAAAAUUGACUGAUGGGAAGCUUUAAGUAUAUUAAAAAGAAGUUUCUCAAACAAAUAUUAUUUUUUAGUUAUUGGCGUUAAUAUAUAAUAUAUAAAUAGUUUUCAAAAUCCUUCAAACAGCAAAAGAAAAACAGGUAUUAG